AUGGAUGCAGCUAAUCAGCGGGAGUUAACCGUCGUAAAGGAUGACAAGCGUGCUGCGAAACCGCACUUGGCUGUCCUGAAGCUCUCAGGUCCUGAUAAUGCCCGUCGUGUCUUCGUUUCUUCCCUCAUUAUAAAGACCGGCAAUCUGGCCGUCUCCAGCACGCUGCGACACAUGGUGUUGACGGCCUCAGAUUUUGCUUCUGGCCAAGAUCGAAAGUCCUCCAGUCCUCCAGCAUGGAUCGGAGCAAUGAACUUCGGCUUCGACAACAACUGGUGGGGCUCCGUCAUCGGGUUGCAAAAGUUCAAAGACGACUAUGGCAGAGUCGAGACGCCUGGCCAGCCCAAGACAUUGCCCUCGACGUGGAUGUCCGCUGCCAGUGGCACUCCCAUUGCUGGAUGGAUCAUCGGCUGCUUCAUGGCGGGCUUCGUCACUCGCUCCAUCGGUCGAAAGCGCACCAUCUGGGUGAUCUGUGGGAUUGCCAUCAUCGGCAUCAUCCUUCAGUGUGCUAUUCCGUCGUACUGGGGAAUCAUGGUCGGUCGGCUCAUCAAUGCCAUUUCUAUGGGACUGGAGAGCAAUACGGUCCCCGUGUACAUGUCCGAAUUGGCUCCUGCAGCCAUCAGAGGUGCCCUGGUCAAUUUCUAUCAAGCAUCGCUCAUGCUUGGGGCUAUCAUCGCUACGGGGACUGUGUACGGCACCUCAGUGCAUCUAACCGGUCAAUGGGCAUACAAAACAGUCAUGGUGGUGCAGGUUUUCAUCCCAGUCGCCCUUGCGAUCGCCGUGAAGUUCAUCCCGGAGUCACCCCGCUGGCUCCUCUCCAAGGACCGGCACGAUGAAGCACUAAAAGCCCUUGAAUUCAUGCGCUACGGGGCCGCUAGCCCAGAAGAGAUCCGGCUGGAACUCAGUCUCAUGGAGCAAGCCAACACGGAACAGCAGCAAACGCACGAGGCUAGCAGCUUUCUCGACUGCUUCAAGGGAACGAACGGGUACCGCACGUUCGUCGCGAUCGGCAUCCAGGCACUGCAGCAGUCGCAGGGAAACUCUUUCGAGACGACCUAUCUCGUGACGUUCCUGCAGCAGCUGGGUGUCAAGAGCUCGCUCCUGAUCAGCUGUGCCAACGCCUGUAUGAGCUUCGCUGGUACCGUUUUCGCUUUCUAUCUGAGCGACAAGAUCGGAAGGCGACCUAUGCUUAUUGGUGGUGCUUUUUUCAUGGCCGCCCUCAUGUGGAUCGUCAGUGGCAUGGCUGCGUGGUUGCCGGGGGGUGUUCAUGGCUCCUCGGCGCAGGGAUGUGUUGCUGCUCUCCUCAUCUAUAGCGUCUUCAGUACCGGUUGCUGGGGAUCCGUCAUGUGGACCCUCACUGCUGAAGUAGGCACAAACCAACUCCGCGAACGCACAAUGUCCAUCGCCACGAUAGCCGGCUUUAUAACCAGCCUCCUAAUAACCUACAUAAACCCCUACGUCCAAGACUCCCCCGGAAACCUCGGCUCCCGCGUCGGCCUAAUCUACGGCAGCAUCUCUAUCCUAUCUAUGUUCUUCGUUUUCUUCGUCGUCCCUGAAACAAAGGGACGCAGCCUGGAGGAGCUGGAUGAGCUGUUCCAGGCUAGAGUGCCCGCAUGGAGAUCAGCUAGCUUCAAGGCUACCGGUGUUGGGGCGCAGAUUACUUCUGUUGAGAAUAUCACGCCGGGGGUUGCUGUUUCUGUGCAUGGGAAGUGGCAUUCUGUGUUGGAGGGGGCUGAGGCUGAGGCUGAAAGCAAUGAUGUCGAAAAGGAGGCUGUUGGGCCUGUUAAAUCUUGA